AUGUUCACUGCUACUACCGAAGAUGACAAGGAAUCUCAACCCUCCACCUCCUCCUCCAUCGAAUGGUUACAACCCUGCAUUCACUUCAAAUUCUCUGAUAUUCUCUUAGCAACCAACAACUUUGAUGAAUCAUUAGAAAUUGGGCAUGGAGGGUUUGGAAAAGUUUACAAAGGUAAUGUUAUCAAAGGAUCAAGUCUUGUUGUUGCUGCCAUUAAACGGUUGGAUUCCAUGUCUAGCCAAGGGGAAUCCGAAUUUUGGGCAGAAAUUGAAAUGCUUUCCAAAUUCCAUCACUGUAACCUCGUUUCUUUGUUUGGUUACUGUAAUCAUGAAGAAGAGAAGAUCCUCGUAUACGAAUACAUGCCAAAAGGAACCCUCGAAGAUCACCUCCAUAGACAUGGUACCCCUCUUUCAUGGCUUCAGAGACUCAAGAUUUGCAUAGGUGCAGCUCGUGGGUUACACUACCUUCACUCUGGAACAGGGAUUGAAUUUGGGGUUAUACAUCGCGAUGUCAAGAGCUCAAAUAUUUUGUUACAUGAAAGUUGGGCAGCUAAAAUAUCAGACUUUGGGUUGUCCAAAAUCGGUCCCACAAUCCAGCCGUUGACUUAUGUCAACACACUUGUUAAAGGCACUUUUGGGUAUCUUGAUCCUCAUUAUUUCUCAACUGGAAGGCUGACAAGGAAGUCUGAUGUGUACGCUUUUGGGGUGGUGUUGUUUGAAGUGCUAUGUCGGAAGCAUGCGGUGGAUAAAAGUCUUGAUUUGGAGCAAUGGGGUUUAGUUGCAUGGGCUCAAAGUUCAAUCAAAGAAGGCAAUUUAAAAAGCAUAAUUGAUUGUGAUAUAAGGGGUCAAGUAUCCACAAAAUGUUUGAAGGAGUUUGUUCGAAUUGCAGAGAGAUGUUUGCUAAGCAAUCCAAAGCAACGCCCUACAAUGGCUGAAGUUGUGGUUAGUCUUAAGUCUGCACUGAAUUUACAAGAGAAAAGCAAUGGUUCAUUGCAGGCUGCUGGUAGAUCAAUAUUUGGAAGAGUGUUUGAUAUGUUUCCAUCUCCUUCAAACGAAGAGAACUCUGCUCAUGGUGAUUCAAAGCUAUCAAGUAAUAGAAACGUUGGUGAUACUCUAGAGGCUGAAAACAAAGAUUUCACAAUCCUUUUUCCAAGUUUGAGAGUACUUAAGUUUACGGAUUUGAAAAGGGCUACAAAAAACUUUAGUCAAGAUUUACUCUUGGGUAGGGGACGUUUUGGAGAAGUGUUCUUAGGUUGGGUUGACAAGAACACAUUCGCCCCUUCAACAGAAGGUGAUGGAAUUGCUGUUGCUGUUAAAAAGUACAGUCAAGGUCUUCCAGAAUGGAAUACUGUGGUGAGCGUCUUAGGAUGGUUGACUCAUCCAAAUAUUAUUAGUCUCUUGGGAUAUUGUGAUGAUAAAAAACACAAAUGCUUGCUUGUUUAUGAGUACAUGCAGAAUCGAAAUUUUGGUGACUACUUAUUUGGAGAUAUACUGGAUGUUGCCAAGCUACUUUCAUGGAAAAGACGACUUUUGAUAAUGAUAGGAGUAGCCCAUGGACUUGCUUAUAUGCAUUCAUCAAAAGAUCAAGUCAUACACCGUGAUGUUAAAACAUCUAACAUAUUGCUGGAUGAGGAUUUUAAUGUCAAACUAGGGGGUUUUGGGAUGGCGAGAUUUGGCCCUGAAAUUGCGAAAACAGGUGUUACUACACGUAUUAUUGGUACCUUGGGUUAUUUAGACCCGGGGUACCUAAGCAAUGGUCAUCUGAGUGUGAAGAGCGACAUCUACAGUUUUGGAGUGGUGUUGUUGGAAGCUCUAACGGGGCAACAAGCUUGGCAAAGACAUAGGUAUUACUCUGGUUUGGUAAAGUGGGCGAUUCCAUUUCUAGAAGACAAAAAUGAGCUAAAGAAAAUAAUGGAUCCACGUCUUGGAAAAAACUACCCCUUAGAAGAUGCUUUUAAAUGCGCUACACUUGCAUUAAAAUGUGUAGCUAAGAAUCCUAAAGAUAGACCUUCAAGUGAAGAAGUUUUACAAAGUUUGGAACAGAUAUAUGUUGUUAACAAAUAAUGGACAUUGCCUCCAAUCUCUGUUUCCCUUCCUUAGUUUGAUAAUUAUAAGUCACUGUGUUUCUCCCCAUUCCUUAAUUCAAGUCUAUAGCCCCUUUGGAUCUAUUCUACCUUAAUUGGAGAUGCCUCACACCCACCUUUGGGACAAUGUUUUUUUUAUUGUUUUUAGUUGUUUAUUACUCAUAUUUACUUCUUGC